AUCAUCAUACUUAUGUCUCUGCUUAGACUAGCAAUAAAGUUUGAAAAAGUCACCUUGCCGAGUUUUUUUCUCCCCAUCCGGGAGUUUUACAUAGGAUGAUUUGCGCGUGCGCUGUAUUCCAAUCUGUUCGACCUCUGGUGCCGAGUAAGUCAAGGUUGUGAAUCUAUCAUUGAUUGAAGAGCAGUUUGCUGGAUAAAAAAAGAAAUAAAAUGUAUGCCUGCGCAAAGUUCCUGACUAGCCCUGCCGUGGUUCGUGCUGGAUCUAGGGCUUUGUACAGACCAGUGUCUGCAUCAUUAUUUUCCAGACCAGAGGUUCAGACUGAGGGUAACACAACACAUCUAAUUGGGGCGCAAAGCUCACAGCUUCAAGUAGCACUCCGGCAGUUCCAGACAAGUGCUGUCAGCAGAGAUAUUGAUACUGCUGCUAAAUUUAUUGGUGCUGGUGCUGCCACAGUAGGAGUGGCAGGCUCUGGUGCUGGUAUUGGAACAGUUUUUGGCAGCCUAAUCAUUGGCUAUGCAAGAAAUCCAUCGCUGAAGCAGCAGCUGUUCUCGUAUGCUAUCUUGGGAUUUGCUCUGUCUGAAGCUAUGGGUCUAUUCUGUUUGAUGGUUGCAUUCUUAAUCUUGUUUGCAAUGUAGAAUGUUUGGUAUACAUUACAAAUACAUAUGUAAAUUCUGCGAAUAUUACUGUAACUCCCCAAGCUGGUAUGUGUUGUCCUAAUAAUGUGCAUUUCCAGGGUCUUCAAAAUUGUUCCAAUAAAAAGAAAAUUGAUUAUA